UGAGUGAGCUAAGAGCUACGAGGAUGUAAUAAUUUCUGAGGGAUCUCCAAAGCCAACUCACUGCUCUGACACACUUACCCCUCUUUCUCUCUCUCUUGUCUCCAACUCUAACUCAAACUCAAACUCACUCACAACCCCCAACCUCCAUAAAUGUGAAAACUUUCUUCCACCUCUUAGAUUUAAACCCAACUCCACCACCCACCCACCACCUUCUCUUCUCUGCCAUGGGUCAGGGGAUGAGUUGCAGAGCUAGUGGCAAUGAACAUGGUCUCUUCCGUGCAGUUCAGCAUGGUGACAUUGGAACCGUUUCUUCUCUGCUUCAAACACACCCUACUCUCAUGCACCACACCACUGUCUAUGACCGCCACUCUCCCCUUCACAUUGCUGCUGCCAAUGGCCACUUUCAGAUUUUGUCUAGGCUUUUAGAUGGAUCUGUGAAUCCAGAUGUGUUGAAUCGCCAAAAGCAGACUCCACUUAUGUUGGCAGCGAUGCACGGCAAGAUCGCCUGUGUGGAAAAGCUCCUUGAAGCUGGUGCUAAUGUGUUAUUGUUUGAUACUCAUUAUGGCAGAACAUGCUUGCACUAUGCUGCUUACUAUGGUCAUUCUUCUUGCCUCAAGGCAAUUCUUUCUGCUGCUCAAACAAGUCCAGUGGCUGCAUCUUGGGGGUUUGCACGGUUUGUGAAUAUUAGAGAUGGUAGAGGUGCAACACCAUUGCACUUAGCAGCACGUCAAAGACGAGCUGAAUGUGUACAUAUUCUAUUGAAUAGUGGAGCUCUUGUUUGUGCUGCAACUGGAAGAUAUAGCUGUCCUGGUAGCACUCCUCUUCAUCUGGCAGCUAGAGCAGGGUCCCUUGAUUGUGUCCGGAAACUCUUGGCAUGGGGUGCAGAUCGUCUUCAGCGCGAUGCAUCUGGGCGAAUACCUCAUGUGGUUGCUCUGAAACACAAACAUGGUGCAUGUGCAGCAUUGUUAAACCCUGCAUCUGCAGAGCCUCUAGUUUGGCCAUCACCCUUGAAGGUAAUAAGUGAGCUUAAUCCGGAGGCCAAAGCGCUAUUAGAGCAGGCACUGAUGGAUGCAAACAGAGAAAGGGAGAAAAACAUCUUGAAGGGAAGUGAGUACUCUCUUCCAUCUCCUUCGGACUCUGAUGGAGCAGAUGAUAAUAUCUCAGAGAUGAGUGAGACAGAAUUGUGCUGCAUCUGCUUUGAGCAAGUUUGCACAAUUGAAGUCCAAGAUUGUUGCCACCAAAUGUGUGCACAAUGCACACUAGCACUCUGCUGCCACAAUAAGCCGAACCCUGUCACGGCUUCCCUUACCGCGCCAGUUUGUCCCUUCUGCCGAAGCACCAUAGCCAGGCUGGCAGUUAUCAAGAUAGAUUGCUACGACGACUUUGAUCCAGACAGUGUCGAAAUCAGUUGUUCCAAGCACAGCAAGUCAAGGAAGUCCUGGAACUUCAAUGAGUGCAGUAGCAGCAGCUUCAACAAGGGAUUACCUGCUGCUGCAGUCGGUUCAUUCGGAAAGGUGGGCAGCCGAAGCUCCGGAAGGGUUGUUGCUGAAAACGAGUGGGUUGAUAACAAGCAACAGUGAUGCAUUGUUGAUAUCAAUAUUUCACCAAAUUGAUAAAUGUUGAAGUAACAAGUUGCUUGAUGAAGAAGAAAAAAUGAAAAGCAUGGAAAGAAUGAUAUACUGUAUAAUGUAAUAUAUUGGGAAGUAAGCAAAGUUACUUGAGAAUGAAGAAGCAUCAACUGCAUCGAUGAUUUUGGGCAUGAUCAAAUCAAAUGGAUAUUGUGUAUAAUUAAGUAUUCAAGUGAAGUGAGAAAUUCUUUUUCUCGGCAAAGUAGCCAGAAAGUCUAAGAUCAUAUGAAAAUGUAUUGUAUUUGCUUCUUAUUUGUUUCUGUGUAUCAAAAUAUUCAAUAAUAUCACGUGGCAAUUGUUUUAUUG